CAUCACAAAUGCAUUUUCUUACACAACCUACCUUUCAACCAAAAAAAAUACUCAUUGUUCUUUUUCCCUUACCAUCAAUCUUUCACAUUCUUCUAUAACUAGCAACCUAAAAAAUUACACUCUCUUUUAGGCUCUUACCAUCCAACAAAUUAGCUAUUUAGAGAGUAAAUUAAGAUUAGUCAUGGCCUCAAGCUCUCUCAGCAAACAAAAGCCUUGUGACUCAGCUUGGACACCAAAACAAAACAAGCUGUUUGAAAAGGCGCUUGCGAAAUAUGACAAGGACACCCCGGACCGGUGGCAGAAUGUAGCCAAAGCAGUAGGUGGAAAAUCGGUGGAUGAAGUGAAGAAACACUAUGAGAUCCUCCUGGAGGAUCUCAGACACAUAGAGUCUGGCCAUGUUCCCAUUCCCAAUUACAAGUCCACGCCAAGAAGCAUCAAUGUGGAUGAAGAAGAGAGGCUUCUGAAGUAUCUUAAGCUGAAUUGAUUCGAAGCAAUACCUGUGCUAUCAUCAACUAUCGGCAGCAGCAUCUAUGUGGUUUUCCAUGAUGAAUCUGCAGAAAUAUCUUCCUCUCUUUAUGAGUCUCUCUUUAUUCCAUUUCCUGUCAUUGUAAUUUAGGUCAUUUCAAAUUUUGAAUUAAUAAUCUUAUUCUUGAAAUAGUAUCAGUAUCAAGUUCUUAA